GUGUUCGAUGUAUUUUUGUACAGUAGUUGUUUAGUUGAAUCUCUGUUUUGUUGGUUCUGCGGAAUUCUAAUGUCAGAAAUUAUAUUCUGUGUGAUGCGUGUAGCCAAAUGAAGGCGUGUCUUCCUGAUUUUAUUCGGCAUGUGAUAGUAUAAUUUUAAUUCUUAUGCUUAAUAUUUAUUCUAAAAUGCCUGUUAUACUUUUAGAUAGACUUCCACUACCGAGUUUGCGGGCGUAUACAAUUUUAAGCGUCGUUUUACUGUCAUUUUCGGUGUAUUACGCAUUCGAAGUCUCAAGAGAGACUAACUGGAAGGUCAACUCUACUUGGCAAGCGGGAAGUUUAGAUGUGAACGAUAAUGAAAACACAACGGCUGAGAAUGUACGUUCCAUAAAUUAUGUACCACUUGCUGUUAAAAUCAAGCAGCUAGUAACGUUUAUGAUACAGGAACCGCUUUGUAUUUGGACGCUUAUCAACAUGGCGUACUGCUGCCUGAUCCUGCUGGGCAAGUCGGUGCAGCAGCUGGUUUUUGGGGAGCUGCGCGUGUCGGAGCAGCAGCACAUCAAGGACAAGUUCUGGAACUUUGUGUUCUACAAGUUCAUCUUCGUGUUCGGCGUGGUGAACGUGCAGUACAUGGACGAGGUGGUGCUGUGGUGCUCGUGGUUCUCCGUGCUGGGCUUCCUGCACCUGCUGGCCCAGCUCUGCAAGGACCGCUUCGAAUACCUUUCUUUUUCACCUACAACCCCUGGAUGGAGCCAUGUUCGGUUGCUUGGUUUAUUAGCAUCCAUAUUGCUUUUAUCUGGCUUCAUGUUCCUGAUAUGUGUCGCUGUAGGCUUCUUUGGUGGACUCAACACGUUUGCCUUCAUGGUAGCGGAGUGCGUGCAGCUGAGCGUGCAGACGCUGCAGGUGAUGUUCCGCUACGCGCUCCACCUGUACGACGUGCGGCAGGGCGGGGGGGGCGCGGGCCGCCUGUGGGAGAAGCGCGGGCCCGCCGCCUACUACGCCGAGCUGGUGUUCGAGCUGGCGGCGCUCGCCAUCGACCUGGUGCACCACCUGCACAUGCUGCUGUGGAGCAACAUCUUCCUGUCCAUGGCGUCCCUCGUCAUCUGCAUGCAGCUGCGCUACCUCUGCCAUGAGCUGCAGCGCCGCGUCAAGCACCACCGCAACUACCUGUGGGUGCUCAACCACAUGGAGCAGAACUAUCCCAUGGCUUCUGCAGAGGAGCUUGCAGAGGUAUCGGACAACUGUGCCAUCUGCUGGGAGAAGAUGGAGUCUGCCCGCAAGCUGCCCUGUUCCCACCUGUUUCACAACUCGUGCCUCCAGUCGUGGCUGGAGCAGGACUCCUCCUGCCCCACGUGCCGCAUGAUGCUGAACAUCCAGAGUCCGGCCGGCAUGGACGCUGCCAGCCGCACGGAUCACGCCCUGGACGCUCAGGCGGACAACCAGCCGCCACAGCGCCGCCAGCCCAACCACUUCUUCCACUUCGACGGGUCGCGGUACGUGUCGUGGCUGCCCAGCUUCUCUGUGGAGGUGACCCACACGCAGCUGCUGCGCUCGGACCAGCCGCAGCCCGCCCAGACGUCGCAGCUGGACGCCAUGGCCCGCCAGGUACAGCAGCUGUUCCCGCACCUGCCCGUGCCCACCAUAGUGGAGGACCUGCAGGCGACCCGCAGCGUGGAGCUGACUGUGGAGAACGUGCUGGACGGCCACGUGACGGCCCCCCCGCCCGUGUUCCAGCACGGCCCGGACCCAGGGCCACCCCUCGCCCCGGCGCCCUCCGCGCACUGGGGCGAGCUCUGCGCGGCGCCCACCUCCUCCUCCGUGGGCGACAGUGUGGAACCUCUUGUGAACCUUGGUGGCCGCUUCUCCAAGAGUUCGAGUGAGCGGGAGCGAAUCCUCCAGCUUCGCAAGGAACAGCUGCUGAUGUCGGCCCGGCGCCGGUACUUGGAGCGCCACCGGCGGUCGGACACAGAGAGCAGCACCAGCAGCGAGGAUGAUGUCUCGCAGUCCGCGCGACACAGACACCCGGCGAGCUAGGUGCUCUGUCCUCCUCCCACAAAUCUGCCAACUGUGGAAGAUGAUGCGUGAACACCAUUCAUAUUCUGAUCUCCACACUGUCAACACUAAGAAGAAAUGUAAAUUUGUUGUUUUAAGCCUGUAAAUUUUGUGUGAAUUUCAAGUAGCUUGCCGAUAAAUUGUUUUAGGGGAAUGUGUGGUAGUUCAAAUGUGUAUGCGUAUGUGUGUGCGUGAUGAUAGAUUGCCUUUAUUUUCAGUGCCCCCAAUGUUCAUGUGUAAAUAUAUUUAUGAUUCUUAGCUUGAAAAGUAGGAUUUUUGAAGACUGAAAUUUCAUAUUGCUAUUGUUGAAGCUUUCACUUAAGAGAGAAAAUUCUAAUAAUUUGAACUGCUGCAGCGUUGUAAACGUUGGUCGUAAAUAAUAUGAUUGUAAAACUCAAUUGGUUCUCUGGCACUUUUAAAAUAAUUCUUAAUCAGUAAAAUUAAAUAUUGUGAUAGCAGAAACAAAUGUUCCAUAUAAAAUAAAAUAGUUUCCAAGUGAUGUUGUUGGGAAAGUACUUAACAUUUGUUACCAUGCUGUUCCCAAUGAGAAGCUCAUGAACAUUUUGAGUACUGCAUGCCUGCCGUAGUGAGCUACUCAUAUUCCAUCCAUUGUUCACCUGUUUGAUAGCGUAUUUACAUGCUUAGCAUAUUUGUAUAUAAAUAACUUAAGUUUAUUGUUCCACAUUUUGUUGUUUUAUUUUAAAUUGUUAAUUUUACUUUAAAAGUCAUAAACUUUUUUUUAACUCUGUGUUUGUGAACUGUAUUUUAAAAUUAUUUGGAAUUAAUUGGACAAAUAAAGCUUUAUAGAUAGUUUUA